AUGGCUUGGAAUGUGGAACCGGCUCAAGAAUGUUUCCAUCAUUUCCAGUUCCAGACAGUACUUCCCUCCAAAGAAGGAAGAUGCCGGCAAUAUGUUACGAAGACAGCUAAAACACAAUCUUCCAACUUGCUGAUGGCCGAAGAACUUGUUUCUGCAAUCCUGGAGCUGGUACGUGCAAUCAAAGCGGACGAAAGUGUACGCGACUUUGUAGAUGUGACAGAGUUUCAGGGUGAGAUGGACUCGCUUGUACUUCGUCUGGAAGCUAUUCGGUCCAAGAUGAAUGCAUUAAAGGAUUGGCCAUUGUCCGUUCAGCUGUCGAGGCUUGAGAUUGACGGGUAUGCACUUGAUGAUCUAUUAUACGAUAUAGAAGACAUGUUUAGCGACUUUAACAAUCAAUUGAUGCGAAGUAGAUUACUGGUAGAAGCAGUUGAAACUAAGGUUAGUAAAGAAAAAACUGAUCCUUCUGAUCCGGACAUUAUAGAUUUGGAUAAUGAUCCUUUUGAAUCAUCCAUUUCUAAGUUGGAAGUGGAGUUGAUGGAUUUGAGAUCUAAGCUUUCUCCUGGACCAGAAUCUAUUUUGCUGGACCUGGAAGUGUCGAAGUUACUUGGUAUAGACCAGGUAAAGAAAGAUAUAAUGGAUGUAAUUUUGGGCGAAAGUAGUAAAGAGAGGAGCGACAAAAUCAAAACCAUCUCUAUUGUUGGCAUGGACGGAAUGGGGAAAUCAUCUCUUGCUCAAUGCAUUUGUGAAGAUGAGCAGGUCGUGGCAAGCUUCGACAACAUAAUUUUGGUGAACGUUUCAGACGAUUUCGACUUAGGCAAAAUUGGUAGAGCAAUCAUUCAAGCUCUUGAGGGCUUGAAACAUGACUUCUUGUGCAUCCUAACAUUAUUUCCAUUGCAAGGUAUUUUAGAUAGAAUUUAUCGAAAGAUUGUCGACAAGAAAACCCUUCUUGUUUUAGAUGGCGUGGGGAGAUAUGAUUAUGAUGACUGGGGAGUACUUAAAUCUGUUUUUCAACAUGGCAUGCCAGAGAGUAGGAUUGUAAUUACUACUUGUGAACACAAAUUUGCAGUAGAAACGAAAUCAUCUUAUAUAUUUCAUCUGAAAGAGUUGCCUGGAGAAUUGUGUUGGAUGAUACUUCGUGAAGUUGCCUUCAAUGGACUGAAUGAAGAUAGUUAA